UUUACUUUCUGUUUUGAGUCCUCGUUUCGUACGUAGGUAAAUAGCUCGAUUAUGAAUCAGAACGAUGAGAGCGGACAUUGAUUCGGUGGAAACAACCGGUGACCAAACUCGUCCCUGGACCGAUGAUUUAAAGGUUUGUCCAUUGACUGCCGUCGGUGAAGCAACGAACCAAACCUACAGGGAAGAUGGAAGUCGUAUCGAAGCAUACAAAUCGAGGGAUAAAAAGUGCUUGUGUACUGUAGAUGAAACAUUGUUGUACGCCAUCUAUUCCGGUCACAACGGAGUACGGGUCGCGGAUUUUGCACUACAGAAAAUGGCAGCAGAUCUGCUGUUGGGUCAACUGAAUGGUCGUUCCACCGAUGAAGCCGUAAAGGACGUUAUCCGGCAGGCUUUCCAUUCGGUUGAGAAGGGUUAUUUCGAUUCGAUUGAUGCCGAUGUGGCAACCAAAACGGAUCUGCAACUGCAACUGUCUGCCGAUGGACUGAGUCAAUAUCAAAUUUCACAGAAAUAUGGAAACAUUUUGGAGAAGCUGGAUAAGAUCAAUGUGGAGUUGUCAGUUGGGAGCAGUGCAGCGUUGGCCCUAAUCUGCCAGUCCAAGCUGUACAUUGGUAACAUUGGAAAUUGUCGUGCCUUGCUGUGUAAAACGAAUGAGUUUGACACACUAACCGUCACUCAGCUGAGUGUCGAUCAUAACCUGUGCAACGAGGAGGAAGUACUGCGUCUCUUCCGGCUGGGACUAGAAGCACAAAAUUUCGAAAAUUGCCCCUUAUACAGUACCAGAUGCAUUGGGAACUAUCUAGGAAAGACGGGUUACAAGGACUGUGAUUUUCUGUCGGACGCCACAUCGGAACCUGUAAUUUUUCAACCGGAAAUAGUUGGUUCGAUUCCAGUGACACCGGCUUGUAAAUUCCUCGUGCUGAUGUCCAGUGGUUUGUGUCGGGCUUUGCAUGAUCUUUAUCCUGGUGACACUAGCAAGGAAAACCGAAUCCUUAUUCAGAUGAUUGCCGAAGAAUUUCAGACCCAAUCGACGCUGGCAGGAGUCGCCCAAUCGGUGGUUCACCGCAUCGUUCAACUGCAUCACGACGGUUUUAUGCAGCAGAUUGAGGAAGGCAAGAAACCACCGUUUUGGAAUCGGGACGAUAUCACAUUGCUGAUUCGGAACUUUAAUUAUCCGCUGCCUAAUGCGUUCAAUAGUAGAAAGAACAGUACUCGGUCGUUCGCGUCCAUGGCAUCCGCUUCGUCGACGGGCAGUUCCGAUGCUACUCCGACGAAUCGUAGUUACGGUACUGAGAUGGACUAUCCCGCAAUGGGAACCAAUAUAUCGGUUACUAGUUCCGAGAGAAGUGAAAACGAUAACUUUCCGGAACCGGAAAAGAAAGUCAAACCGUACGUGGAUUUUUCGGACUACCACCGAAGGGUAGCAGAGGCUCGUAAACUUGGAAAACUACCCUCAAACAUAGAUUUUGACUAAAACGUUUGAAAAAUGUAUUUUCUAUCAAAAAAAUAAGUAAAAAAUAUUUUGCUUCACUAUGAGAGAGUA